AUGGCGGAACGUCCUACCGGCCUCAAAGCAAACAAGGGCAUUGAGCUCCUUACGUGGGGAACACCCAAUGGCGUGAAAGCGUCCAUCAUCUUGGAGGAACUUAAGGAGGCGUACGGCAAGGACUACGCAUGGCAGGGAGUCAACAUUGGCCAGAACAUCCAGAAGGAGCCUUGGUUCACGAAGCUGGGCCCCAAUGGCCGCAUUCCCGUCAUAGUAGAUCACGACCAGGGCGGCUUCGCCGUCAUGGAGGGCCUCGCGAUUCUCACCUACCUCACCAGGAUGUACGAUACCGACCACAAGUUUUCCUUCUCAGACCCGCUAGACAUCAGCCGCGCGGAGCAGUGGAUGGCCUGGCAGCACGGUGGCCUAGGACCGAUGCAGGGCCAAGCGAACCACUUCAACAGGUUCGCCCCAGAGAGGAUCGCCUACGGCAUGCAGCGAUACACUGGCGAGACCGAGCGUCUUGUCGGCGUGCUCAACACUGCUCUUGAGGGAACCGACUACCUCGUCGGCAACAAGUACUCGAUCGCGGACAUAGCUUCUUACGGCUGGAUCCAAGCUCUUGGUUUCACGGGCAUCGAGAUCGAUGAUUUCCCGAAUGUCAAGAAGUGGGCGGACCGUAUCAGCGCGCGACCAGCAGUUCAGAAGGGAGCGGCCAUCCCUUCGAAGUCGCCUUUCACCAACGAAGCAUACGCGCAGAGGCUAAAGGACGACAAGGAGUUCGCGGAGAAGGAGGAGAUCUUGAAGGGACAGAUCAAGGCCGCCAAGGAGAAAUAUGGCUACAAGUAUUCCUCUCCUUGA